AAUUAACCCAUGAGCAAUGGUUUUGUUUGUUUAUUUUGUUGAUGGGCUCGGCGGUGAUCGGCGGAGCUAGUGCAAGUCGAUCACCGGUCCGCUGCUAUCUUUUGUAACUCACCUUAAUUAAUUACGUACGCAAUGUGGUGGAGGUGUGCGAUGCGCGUUGUUUCAGAGCGAGCUGAAACGAAAUUGUUUGUUUCUCAACUCAAUUCAGUUCUCCUCAUUCAUUCCCACUUUGCUUCUUUCUCAUCACAUCGCAUCGCAUCGCCCUCGCACUAAUUGUCGCAUUCUUCGGAACAUCCCCAACGUUCCCGCCAACGCUAUCCCGUCCUACCAGUCAUCCAUAAUCACAUCCUAGAUUGAAUUGCGUUGGUCAGAUUGAGCUGGAUCGACUUGAUUGAAGCGAAUUGAACCCCAUUGAAUGAUAUUGAAUUGGAUUCACUUUGACGCAUCAGACCAAUUGAUUCAAAUGGCCAGAGAAUGCAAAACAACCCCCCCUCCCCCCUCCCAACAGCCCCUCAAACUCUAUGGCGUCGCAUCGUUACUCGUCCAUGGGUACUCACUUUCUUCGUCGCCGUAGUCGUUGGCUUGGCGCUGCUCGUUGGAUUGGCGAUCGGGUUGAUUGUGGUUAAUGAGAAUGGGCAUGGAGAUGGGGCGAAGGCCUCAGAUCCGCGCAUCCCCCGCGCGAAUCUCGGAUAUGCAACCUACCGCGGGACCCUCGUCGGCGACAGGCGCGACGUCGCGCAGUAUCUAGGUAUGCGAUAUGCCCGUGCGCCCGUCGGUGAUCUGCGCUUUCGUAAACCACUUGAUCCGGAAGUGCGACAGGGGCGCGAGGUAAAAGCUGAUGCGUUCGGCCCGGCAUGUCUCGGGAUCUCGGCGCCGUACCCCAAUGACGCGCAGGACGAGGAUUGUCUGUACGCUAAUGUGUGGGCGCCUGCGAACGCGACGGUUGAGUCGAAAUUGCCUGUUUGGCUUUUCAUUCAGGGUGGUGGAUACACCGUAAACGCCAACGCAAACUGGAACGGAAUACAAGUGGUGCAACACUCGGGCAACUCCAUCAUCUUCGUUAGCUUCAACUACCGCGUCGGCCUCUGGGGCUUUCUAGCGAGCGAGCGCGUGCGCGCCGACGGCGACUUAAAUGUCGGAUUGCUUGACCAGCGGCUCAUGAUGCGCUGGGUGAGGCGGCAUAUCGCGCAGUUCGGCGGCGACCCCGACCACGUGGUGAUCCACGGAGCGUCGGCGGGCGCUGGAUCCGUGGCGCUGCAUUUGCUCGCGCAUGGUGGCAACGCGACGGAUCCCGAGUCCGGGGAGAAGUUAUUCGCAGGCGCUGUGGGCGAGUCUGUGUUCUUUCCUGCGCAGCCAUUUCUUGAUGAGCUGGAGUGGCAGUUCGAUCUCGUGCUGCAGCGGACGGGAUGUGAUGACAAGAAUAAGGAAGCAAUAGCUUGUCUCCGGGGUUUGAGCACUGAGGUGCUGCAGGCGGCUAAUUUCCCGGCGCCAUUCCCUGGGGGUCCAGAUAUGCCGAUUGAUCUUUUCUUUUGGACGCCUUGUAUCGACGGCGAGCUUUUGCGAGACCUACCGUAUACUCUCUUCGAAAAGGGCCAGUUCAUCAAUGUGCCGGUGAUGAUGGGGGGCACAACAGAUGAGGGCACGGUAUUUGCGGUAAACGCUGCAACGCAAGAUGAAAUGGUUAAAUUUCUGCAAAGUAACUACCCCCGAUUAUCAGAGUUCAACACCAGCGCGAUUUUGGAACGUUAUCCCCAGCUAGACAGUCUCCCAAAUCACAAUAUCUGGUUCCCCUCCACAGCUAGGGCGUAUGGCGAAACGACAUUCAUAUGUCCCGGUGCCCACAUCCUGAACUCUUACGUCCGUCACUUGAACAGUUCCAAAGCAUGGGGUUAUCGAUACGACGUCCACGACGACGAUCUGAUCGCCGCGGGCCUAGGUGUGCCACACGUAUUUUCAUCGUGGGCCAUUCUCGGACCGGAGAGUGAGUCUGGACCGAUGGGUGGUCCUCGGAGUUACUACACAUAUAACGCAGGGGUUGUGCCCAUCAUGAUGGACUACUGGAUAUCGUUCGUCAGAACGCUAGAUCCGUCACGUACGAGAUAUAUGGAUACCCCGGUGUGGCAGAGCUGGGGACAAGCGGACAGGAGGCUGCUUGUGCAGACUGGGAAUGUGUCUAUUGAGCUUAUGCCUGAUGACCAAGGAGAUCGGUGCGCAUUCUGGGGGACGCUGGCGCCGAUUAUGCGGCAAUGAUUCGAGUUAAGUGGAUAACAGGUGAGGACUGGAAUGGCCCACCCUAUGCUCGAAACACGUUGGUUAGCGGCUUAGUGUUAAGGAGCUUCUAGGCGAACCCAAAAGUGCUCGAUUAUGCAAGUCAUUUGUGCCAUGUAUAAUUUGACUGUAACCAAAAAUGCAACAUGUUCUCCAAUAUACACCUCCUUUAGGGCCUUAAGCUCAUUCCAAAGGAUUUCGGGGCAACUGUCAGUGGGUCUCUUCGCCGAGUUGUAUGGCUACCACAGCCAACAAUGCGACCCUCCCAUGCUACCUCUCCAUCUGCUUCUGCAUUUUCAACUUUGCCGCAGUAUUAUAGGAGACGAGAGGUUGUGACCGGACAAGAGUUGCAUUUUCGUCCUCCAUACAGUACCGACAGUUUCCCCUUGGCAUGUCUGAAGCUUCUAUGCAAGUAAUCAUGGAAUGAUGCGGAUGUGCUGCUACCAGUGUUAUAACGAAGUUAUAAAGAAGGUACAUAUAUAUAUCACCAUAUUACUAAGCUAGAAUACAAGUGUGACGGG